GUGAGGUUGUGUGUGUGUGUGUGUGUGUGUGUGUGUGUGUGUGAGAGAGAGAGAUUGAGGUAGCUUGUUAGUGUUGUCCAACUGUUCUGAAGUUGCGGUACAUUUUUGGGUCUGCAACAGGCAGAGAGCGACUACAGCUAAUUCUUCCACUUCCUUUUUGUGCCUAACAAGAGUUUUAACACAGACUUGUCACCCAGAAGGUUGUUUGCUUUCCACUUUGGAUGUAAGCCACACUCUGGACCGAACAAAAUCUUGCAGUGAGCUGAGAACUACCUCAUUUAUCAAAAGCUUCAAGUCGUCUUUGAAUUCUGGACUCCUUAUACGAGUGUCAACAGAUCUACAGUCCAGGUUUUAAUUUCCACAUUUUCAAUGGCUCAGUCUGACUUCUGGCCCGAACCGGAUCUGUCAAACUCCACCCUGGUCCAUAGCCCCGUCACUUUCUGUUCAGAUGCAAACACACCGAGCGGAAGAGAAAACAGGAAAGGAGAAGAUGAGGAGGUCGAAGUCGCCGACGAGGUGGGGGAAGAUGUUUUGCUGAUGGCUGGACCAGCUGGAGAAGAAAGUCCAGAAAAAGGUGAAGAAAGAAUCCUCCCAAUGCCGCUGAUACAAGGUGAUGUGACAAAGGAGCAAGAUGGGGAUGGAGGAAGGCAGGAAGCCAGUGGAGUACAAGGAGAAAAAGUGCCAGAACCAAGAGGUGAACAGAAUGAGAACUUGGACAGUGUCAAAGAAGAAGAAGCAGCUUUACUGACAUCGACUGUCGAGAUUGAAAAAGAGGGUAGAAUCCCGGACGGGGACCUCAGAACUCAAAGUUUGUGUGACAUUUCACGACUGGUAGAAGAUGAAAACUGCCAACACAAAGACGCAGAUGAAGCUGGGACUGGAAACGGCAGACGGCAAAAUAGUAUAGCACACGGCCAGCAAGAUAAAGCAUCCGGGGAUGAGGAAAGCUUGCCGGCCAAGGAAAGAUCGUCCCACAUAAACACAGCGCCCGAAUGUCUUAUGCGUCACUGUAUGUCAUCGGGUGAAGGCCAAGAUGACAAACGCCAGGAAGUAAGAGCAGAUGUCAUGGAGGAAGGUGAAAAUGAGAGUGUCAGAGCAUUAGAAGAUCACCAGAUGACCAAGGAUGAAGAUGCUCACUGUGUUCAAGCCUCAGAUACAAAUUCCCAGCAGUCCCAUGAAGGGGCACCGACCACGGAUGGAGUUGUUGUUCAUGACCACGUAGAAGGCGCUCACGGUGUUCAAGGCUCAGCUGCAAAUUCCCAGCAGAACCACGACAGUAGUGACUCGGAAGUUGCCGAGACAUCUACCAGUUCAGAGGACCAAAUGAAAGAUGCUAGCACGGAGGUAGCCAUGCAGGUAAAAGCCCGAGCAGUUUUGCCUGAAAGCUGGGUUAUCAUACCUGUGAUGGAAGCCGCUGAUGAUCAGACCAUUCAGCUGAGGGACACGGAGAAAAAUAGUCAAACUACGGCCAGCACAGGUCAACAGGAAUCUAUCGAUAGCAUCUCACGGCAGGAGCUCCAGGAAAAGGAGAUCCUGGAGGGCGUGAAGGUCCGCACGUCUGCUUCAGAUGCAAAACCAAGACUGGAAACUGAAGACCCACCUGAUCUUGCGCUGGCAUCUUCUUUGAGUCAACUAGAGGAAGUGAGUUGGAUUGGAGGAGUCAAGGAGAUGGAUGGAAACGGAGAAUCGGAUCGCAUCGUUGAGCUUGAACACCAGGUUGAGGCUGUACCACAAAAUGAAACAGAGCACGACUUUGGACUGGAGACAGAUGUGGACCUGAGGCAGGGGCUUGAUCGAGACAACACAGAAGAACCUGUGACCAUUUUAGAUGAUGACGUCGAAGAGAUAGACAAGACUCCAAGCACAGGGCUGGAGACGACUGUUCAAGGUGAACGUGUCCUGCCAAAAACCCACAAGCUUCAGGAGCUUCAAAACGACAAGUCGGACGCAUGUGAAGAAGAGAGGCCAGCUGGAAAUGAGUUAGACGUGGAGACAAACGGUCGAGUCAAAGAAUUAAAGCAGGCCAUGGAGAAUGGGGUACUUUGUCCCGAGCCACGGCCGGUAAGGAACGAGGUGAAACUGUUGUCCACGAGGAGAAAAGACAACGCGUGGAUUCAAACAGAGCAACCACAACAAGAGCGGAACGAGAGUCACCUGAAAACAGAAGAACCUUCCACGGAUCAUCUCAGUCUACCUGUGAGGGAUGCAUGGAUGAAGGAGCUGAAGUCCGCCAUCAAAGACGAGGUUCUGUCCAAAAAGAGAGACCAGCAAGUGAAGAAGAAGAGGGUGGUGCUUUUGGAGGACGGCCAGUCGUUUUUCCCCCAACGGGAGAAGCCGACAGAGAGAAGACAGGAGGCGUCACACAAAGCGGUGGACCGACCUUUGCUUCCUGUCCAGGAAGACACUACAAGAACACCACCAGACCAAGACCACGAGAUCUCACUUUAUGUCAAGGCAGGGAGUGACGGGGAGAGCAUCGGGAACUGUCCUUUCUCCCAGCGGCUUUUCAUGAUCCUCUGGCUCAAAGGAGUCAUCUUCAACGUCACCACCGUCGACCUCAAGCGGAAACCUGCAGACUUACAGGACCUGGCUCCUGGUACCAACCCUCCAUUCAUGACCUUUAACGGCGAGGUCAAGGUGGAUGUCAACAAGAUAGAGGAGUUCCUGGAGGAGAAACUCACCCCCCCACGCUACCCCCGACUGGCCGCUAAGCAUCGUGAAUCCAACACGGCGGGCAUCGACGUCUUUGCCAAGUUCUCUGCUUACAUCAAGAACGCCAGGAAGGACACCAACGAAGUCUUAGAGAAAGCCUUGCUAAAGUCUCUGCGCCAUCUCGACCACUUCCUGCGGACGCCUUUACCCGACGAGAUAGACGCCGACGCUCCGGGAGACGUCCCGGAGUCCAAAAGGAGCUUCCUGGACGGGCCUGAGCUCACCCUGGCUGACUGCAACCUGCUGCCCAAACUACACAUCCUAAAGGUGGUAGCCAAGAAAUACCGCCGCUUUGACAUCCCGGCCGACAUGACGGGCGUUUGGCGCUACUUGAACUGCGCCUACCUGAGGGAGGAGUUCACCAGCACCUGCCCCGCCCACACCGAAAUCGAGUUUGCUUACGUGGACGUGGCAAAAAAAAUCCAAUAGAAAUACAUGACACAUAUACCACACAUAUACCACACAUAUACUACGCAUGUACUCCGCAUGUACUACGCAUAUACUAUCAUGUCUGUGAGUGUUGUGUGAUUUUGCUAAAAGCACACGCACGUGAUUGUUUUCUACGCCACUGCAGUCAGCCACCAUACCUGUGAUUGUCAUCAUCUUAUGGAUCCGACACCUUGAUAAAAGCCCCCUCCUGACUAUUUGGGCUUUUUGAUUGUACACGAGCGUGCCUUGUCCUCAUCCCGUGACCUUGCAUCCUACUAUCCUAACCUCCGUUCGACCCAUUCACUCCUCUAGUACACACACACUACCACUACUAGUACUACUGCUAGUGCUAGUACUGGUCCAGUACACACAUACUGUAGUAAUAGCUGACAUAUACUGUACAUGAAAGGAAAGCAUGCCUUUGAUACAAGGUGCUUUUAUGCUUCGUUGUUGAUGGAAAACAUCUGCAAAUACAACGUGGAGAUGAGAUUCAGAGUCAUCAUGUUUCCAGGAAGUAUGCCAAACAAUCAUGGAUGAAAUACGCCGGCAAGCAGGGGUGUCCAAAGUGCGGCCCGAGGCUGGUUUUUCGUAUCGGUCCAUUCACGGUACAUUCUAAAAAUAUCAUUCGACAAGAAAACUUUAAAAAAUAAACAAAAACGCUGGAAUUUUAUGAGAAUGAAGUCAAAAUGUUAGGAGAAAAAUGGAGUAAUUUUAGGAGAAUAAACUUGUUGAACUGUUGGAAAAAAAACUUUUACAAUUUUUUUGUAAUAUUAUCAAAAAAAGACAAAAAAAUUGAUUAUUGGAAAAUUAGGUUGGGGAAAAAGUUAUGGAAUUAAAUUCAAAAUAUUAUGGGAAGAAGUCAUAAUAAUAUGAGGAGAAAGAAAAUUGGAAUAGUUGGAAAAAAAAGAGCAACAGCAGAAAUGGAAAAAUCUGCUGUCAUUUUACAAGAAUAAAGUCAAAACAUGAAGGGAAAAAGUCAUAUUCUAAUGAGAAAAAGCUGUAAUUUAAGAAUAAAUUCAUAAUAUGAGGAAAAACAAUGUCACUGUAUUAGCAUAGAGGUAUUUUUUUAAAAGAUGUUUUUCUUUAAAAGUCGGAAUAUGCGACUGUCAAAAAAUGUGGGGGCAAAAUUAGAUUGGCUAAAAUGUAUAAUAUUAUGGGAAUAAAGUCAAAAUACUAUGGGAAGGAGCUCAUAAUAGGACAAUAUUAGGACUUUAUUCCCAUACAAUUUGGACUUUAUUAUGAGAAACAGACAAAAGAUUUUAAUUAUUGGAAAAGCAGGCCGGGGAAAAAGUUACAAUAUUAUGGGAAUAAAGUCAGAAUAUUACGAGGAGAACAUUUACAAGAGCAAAUAUUUGAAUAAUUGAAAAAAAAGAGCAACAGCAGAAAUGGAAAAAAAAAUUUCAAGAAUAACGUCCCAAUUUUACGGGAAUAAACUGGUAAUAUUAUGAGGAAAAAUAACACCAUUUUAUUAGCAGAGCGUUGAAAUAUUAAAGAAAAAUACAUGAAAAAAAAAGUUGAAAUAUUAUGAGAAACAAGCAAACAAAAAAAGUUGUAGUUUUUGGAAAAUUAGGUGGGGGAAAAGUUACAAUAUUGUGGGAAUAAGUUGAAAAUAUUAUUGGAAUUAAAAAAGAAAAAAAUUUACAUGAAGAAAUUUGAAAUAGUUGGAAAAAAAGACAAAAGAAACAAGUUGUAAUAUUAUUUGAAAAAAAAAAACUCAAUACAUUUGUCAUUUUUGGAACAUUAGGUUGGGAAUAAGUCAUAAUAUUAUGAGGAGAAAAUUUACAAGAAAGUUGAAAUAGUUGGAAAAUGAAUCAUAAAAAUGGCUGUAGUGUUAUGAGAAUAAAGUCCAAAUAUGAAGAAAAAGACAAGAAAAAAUGUAGCAAUUUUAUGAGAAUAAACUAGAAAUAUUAUGAGGAAAAAUAACAUCAUAUUAUUAGCAUAGAGUUGAAAUAUUAAAGAAAACAGACGUUAUUUUUGGAAAGUCGUAAUAUUAUGGGAAACAAAAAAAAGGUUGUCAUUUUUAGAAAAUUAGGUUGGGGGAAAAGUUAUAAUAUUAUGGGAAUAAAGUCAAAAUAUUGGAAUAAAAAAAAGAAGAAAAUUUGAAAUUACAUUUCAAGUAGUUGGAAAAUAAAUUUUAAAAAAGUUGUAAUAUUAUGAGAAGCAAACAAACAAAAAGUUGUAAUUUUUGGAAAACUAGGCUGGGGGAAAAGUUAUAAUAUUAUAGGAAUAAAGUAAAAAUAUUACGAGAAGAAAAUUUACAAGAACAAAGUUGAACUAUUUGGAAAAUGAAUUUUAAAACUGGCUUUAUUUUUAUGAGAAAAAGUCUAAAUAUGAAGAAAAAACAAUAAAAAAAUGUUGCAAUUUUCCGAGAAUAAACUAGUAAUAUUACGAGGAAAAAUAACAUCAUUUUAUUUGCAUAGAGUUGAAAUAUGAAAGAAAACAGACGUUAUUUUCUUAAAGUCAUAAAGUCAUGGGCAACAACAAAAAAGUUGUCAUUUUUGGAAAACUAAGUUGGAGGAAAAGUUAUAAUAUUAUGGGAAUAAAGUCAUAAUAAUAUUGGAAUAAAAAACGAAGAAAUUUGUUGGAAAUGUAAAAAAACAACAACAAGUUGUAAUAUUUUGAGAAACAAACAAAAGAAAAUGAAGAUCGCAUUUUGAGAAGAUUUGGUUGGGGAAAAAGUCCUAAUAAAACAAUUACCAGGAGAAAGUUGAUUAAAAGAGUUGAUUAAAAAAAGCUGCUAUUUUAUGAGAGUAAAGUCAAAAUCAAAAUGUUGCAUUUUUCUGAGAAUAAAGUGGUAACAUUAUGAGGAAAAAUAACUUUUUUUAUUAGCAUGGAGUUGAAAUAUGAGAGAAACCAGAUGGCAACAGCGCUAACAUUAAGUAUGAGCAAUCCUUCCUGGUCUGUGUUGCUGUUGUGAGAUGAAAUGAGGCGCCAGGGGGGACAUGAGGGACAUGAGGGACAUGAGGGACAUGAGGGACAUGAGGGACGCGGGCGUCUACUGGAGACAUCCCAUCAUGGCGGGGGUGAUGUCUUGCGGCGUGGGGGCUAUUUUGGUCACGGCCAAGAGGAAGGCGUUUGGGUAACGGUAGUACUGGUGGCCCUUGAACACGUCCACGCCUUCCGGGCCGCACAUAGCGGCGUCGACGUCGGACAGCGGCAGGGGAAAGUCUCGGGUCACGGCUCUGGGCGUGGCGGUGAGGUCCACGUCACGAAUCCUGUUUCCUGCAGACACGCCCGAUGCUUGGUGAAAUCAUCGUCAUCAUCGUCACGGAGGAAGAGUGGGAGUACCUUGGAUGACGUGCACCGUGUGCUCGUUGGGACACAGGAAGGCGGCGUCCACACGUCCCUCAAUGCCCAACUCCUCCUUCAGGGAUUUGGGGUAGCCCUCCACGAGGGUGUAGUGCGCCUCCGACUUAAAGAUGAACACCUGAUCGUCCUGCCGGGACACCACACACACACACACACGCACACACGCACACGCACACACGCACACACGCACACACACACACACACACACACACACGUACUUCUACAUAUCUCAUAUAUAUUUAGAUUAUUAUAUAUUUAUUUAUAACUUCUAUUCUAUUGUAUUUAUUUCUAGAAAUAUGUCUAUAUUUCUAUGAUUCUUAUAUUGUUUCUAGUUAUACGUAUUCAACAUGUGAAUGGUAUAUUUAUCGUGCUAAUGUUUUUUAUAUUUAUUUGAUCAUUUUUAUUUACUUUUAUUUUUAAUUAGGGUAGAUGGUCAUUUUUAGUUUAGUUUGAAUGUAUUUGAAAUGAUUUGUUACAUUUCAAAAUGAUGACAUUUGAAUGACUAAAAAUGAUCGAUUAUUUAUUGUUU